AUGAGACUUCAAGUUCUUCUUUUCUUCUCUAUCGCUCUUGCAAAUGCAGACGAACAACCCUUUGAAGCUGAUUUCUCGCCCAUUCAAAAUGCUGGCAAUUACUCGACUCUCCUAGAUUCAGUAAUCAAGACAGGAACUGACGAGGCGAUAUCUUCCAACGUCCCCGUUACAAUAUUCGGCCCAUCCAAUUUUGCAUUCAGUGUCAUCUCUAACCAGAUAACUGGAAUACCGGAUCAGGAACUUGUCAAUAUCCUCCUUGGACAUGUUAUCCUCAAUUCGACCAUCACCACUGAUGUCCUUGUAAAAGAAGGGUGCAUCGUGGCAACGACUGCUGGAGGUCGGAAUAUAUCCAUUUACAGGGAUCCUUUGACUGGCGCAGUGGACGUUGACGGCGUUGAUGUUACAAUAUCUGAUAUUAUAGGGGACUAUGGAGUUUUUCAUGGCAUUGAAACGGUGCUUCUCCCAGGAGCAAUUGAAUUCUUAGACUGCCCUGCAACACCCGACUUUUCGCCCAUCGCAGAGUCUGGCCAAUACAGCGCUCUUCUUGGCGCUGUUGUCGAAACCAAUACUGACUUCAUUAUUGCUGUCAAUCCCCCUGUUACCAUCUUCGGACCAACAAAUUCGGCAUUUGCUAGCAUACAAGGAGGCGAUACGAAUGUGUCAGACAUUAUUGCCGAUCAUAUUGUCAUUAACCGAGACAUCUCCUCAGCGGAAAUAGUUUCAUCUGGAUGUGUCGACGCCGAAGCGGUUGGAGGCCUCCGACUUGCUAUCCGCUUCGACAAUACUACAAACACAACGUCAAUCAAUGGAAUUCAAAUCGUUGAUUUGGGUAUCACUGGAGAGUAUGGUACCUUUCAUGGAAUUGAUGGCGUUCUACUUGAUAGUACUGACUACAGUCCGUGUACCGACUUCUCUCCAAUUGUGGAGGCUGGCAACUAUGAGACGCUUCUGAAUGUUAUCACUCAAACCAGAAUGGUUGACUUCAUCGGUCAAUUUGCUCCGGUUACAAUUUUUGGGCCAACAGACGACGCCUUUGCAGCCUUUCAAGUUACUAACCCUGCCGGGAUCAUUGACGAAGAGCUCAUUGAGCAGCACAUAAUUUCCAUUGAUAGUAUCUUUUUUGAUUUCAUUGCGCGGGUUGGAUGCUACGAGACGGUGACGACGGGAGGAAUGACCGUUGAUGUCCGCUACAACAAUUCCACCAAUACAACUACUAUUAACGGCAUUCCAAUCAUCAAAGCUGACAUAGUCGGAAACUAUGGAGUUUUGCAUGGGAUUGAUGGGGUUCUGAUACAGGGUGUUACAGACUAUACCCCAUGUGCUGAUUUUUCUCCCAUAGCCGAAGCCGGAGACUACACUACCUUUUUGGAUAUCGUUCUUCAGACGAGAACGGAUGAGAUAAUAUCCGAAUACUCUCCUGUCACAUUUUUCGCCCCCACUGACUCCGCAUUUGCUGCGAUUCAAGAAACUUUGGAUGAUAUGUCUCUCUCGGAACUUUCCGAAAAUGUGCUGUACCAUCAUAUGAUUAUAUUCAAAGAAGUGUUUUCAGCCGAAGUGAUGGCUUCUGGCUGUGUUGAUGCGGAAACGUUUGGAGGAAGCAUGGUUGCGAUACGGUACAAUAGCACAACAGGAAAUGCAAUCGUAAAUGGAAUUCCAAUCGUUCAAUUGGAAAUUAUUGGAAAUUUCGGUGUGGUACAUGGCAUUGAUGGCAUUCUCAACGGAAGCGCCACUGAUGUCUAUAUCCCAUGCCCAACUGCCAGUCCGUCUACGAUGCCAGUAUUGGCGGGCGAGCCUAACGAAGCUCCCAUGGUGCCCACUUCUAAUCCCACUGGUCCUACUACUACCGCAACAUCAACGAGCUCUACGUUUAUGUCGUACGCUUAUGCUUCUUUUGCAGCAGCGAUUGCGUUGCUGGUCUUGUAG